UCCGGGGAACCGAUCGGCAGAUCAUCUCAUGUCAGACACCAGUCAUUGAGUGCAGCACUCGAUGACAGACAACAGAUACCAACGAUUACUACUACUAGUCCUUCACUGCGGGCGACAAUAACUACAACAACCACUUCCAGUCCCGACACACAAUCGCUGAACAAUAAACGCCAUAAUGAUUCAGACUAUGAUAUCGUACUCAUUGGUAGAGUUCCGGCGCCCAAACGGCCCGCACGUUACCGAUCGGCCGUUGAUAUUAAGCCAUCGCUCAUAGACUCCAUACCUCUGGUGCCGGAAAUAGUCAACAAACCGCCCGUAGAGACCAUUACACUAAUAGACGCCAUACCUAUGGGGCCGGAAAUGGUCAACCAAUCGCCGAUUGACAUAAUGCCAGUGAUAAACACCAGCCCUCCGGAGCCGUCAAUUGUCCAUAAUCCUACACUCACAACAACCGGCGUUCAAAUAGACAUAAUACUGGACUCGACGUCUGGCCACAGCUCUGACGCCAGAGAGGGCUCGGAUGGCACCGACGGCGCCCCCAUAGCGGACAACACUAACACUACGUACGGGUGUCUGGAGACGGGUUGCCGGCGACGGUUCGCCGACCGACCGCUGAUGUAUCAACACAUGCGUGCCGUCCACUCCAGCCAAGGGUUCCCGUCGUGGACGGCACGCACGCCGGUGCCGUCAACUGUCCAAAAUCCUUCAAUCACAAGAAGUGGGGCUGAAAUCGAAAUAAUAACACUAGACUCAGAGCCGGACGUACGCCCCGCCGGUGGCACCCGUACAGCGCACAGCACCGGCACAUCACUGUCCGGUUGGUACGCGUGUCUUAUGAGUGGUUGCGACAAAACAUUUGCGGACCGAAUAGUGAUGUACCAACACAUGCGAGUCGUCCACUCGACCGAUCAGUUCGCCGACUGGACGGCCGCCACCGCAGCGCCCGGCGGUCCGCCUCCGGUGGCCAACACCAACGGAUCCCCGUCUAUGAAUCCAAUCGAGUUUGCACCAAGGUGCCUUACUUGCAAUAAAAGUUUUGAAUUGUUGGCUAUAUAUGACGAGCACAUGCGGACAGAUCACCCGUACUCCUGGUCAGCGCCGCCGCAAUUGCUA